AAUGGAUACUUCAUUCAUAUAAACAAAUCUAUGAACCAAUACAACACAUAUUUUUACAUGUUUUAACGUAUAUCACUGAUACAAUGAUAUGUGUACAUGAAUUAACGUUUCAUAGAAGUUAUAAAACAACACAAGUGUCGGACAUUGUACCAUUUUUAAAUUUGUUCUAAUCACCAAUCUGGAACAAGAAGAAUCCUCAGUACUAUCAUUUAGGUACAGAAUACUUCAAUUAAACACACAGAUCGAUUACAUAUUGUGAAAUUUCACCAUAAGCGGAAAUAAUGAACUCAGAGAAACACCAUGUAUUUACAGUUUCUUCAGUUUUAUUUUGUUGUCUAGUUUUCACAGGUAUUAGCCUUGUGAAUUCGCAAACAGUAUUCAUUCCCAAUUUCCCGGAGUAUAUCCAAGGAGUGUCACUGGUGAAUUUAUUAUCUGUCAACAAUUCAAAUAACAUUAAAUUUACAGUUAAAAUUUUUCCGAAUGAUACAACUGUCUCUUUAACAGAUAUCGACUAUUGUAAACGCUUGGUCUCAAAAAGUGAUGAAGCACUGUGUCUAUUUCAAUACUCUUAUGACACUCUACUGAGUAUAAGAAAUGAUUCUUUUGCAAAUAAUAAUAAGAGGAUGUCUUAUUUAACAAGACCAUUCACUCAACAAAGACCAGUAUUACUAGCUAAAAGUAUAAAAAAGGUUAAUAGUUCAAUUCGGAAAGAUUCAUGGUUUAUGAAUGCAGUGUACUUCUUGUAUGCAUUCCAUUCAUCUAUAUGGUCAUUGAUUUUACUGUAUGCGUUAACGACUGGUUCAUUGUUAUUUGUUUUUGAGUAUACACGGCCUACAAGUGAUAAAUACACAGCAAUUUCACCUUCAAAUGAUGAACCGAGAUUAAAUCUUUUAGAUUCGUAUUUAUAUACGUUUCGAGCUUUAUUUUUACAAUCCUACAACAAAUUACCAAAAUCAUGGGGUGGAAUGACAAUCACAUUGUUUUGGCAUGCUUUCUGCCUUAUUUGUAUUAUUGCCUAUAUCAUGGGUACAUCGGAAUUGAUUUUCAAGCAAUACACUGAUGACAUCAUUAAAGCCAAGCCUUAUACACAAACAGAUAAAACUAAUCAAACAGUUUAUUGUAAUUUAAAUGACCGACUAUGUCAGUAUUUUGAAAGGAAAUUUCAGUAUCCAAUAAUAAAAUGGUCAAAUGCUCAGCGAACACCAGAGAUCUCCAAUGAAUCAGUGAUACUGUUAACAGAUCAUAUACAUGCACAUUAUCUACAAACAUUAAAAAGCGAUAAAGAGAAUUGGGAACUGAUCACACUGAAGUGCAAUACUACUGAAAAUGAUGACAGUAAUAAUAUUGGUGAUAAACAAUUUAAUGAUAUGCCUAUAAUGGAAAUGGGAUUUUUAACUUUCAGUGAGAAAUCGCUAUAUCAAAUGAAUAUUUACCUAAAGGGUAUUCCUAGAAGCCUGUAACUUGGGCGAAUUGGCUAUUAGCAGACACAUUAUUAUUGAUCAAAUUUAAUAAUCAAUAAAGAAUAAAUCGCAUGACAAAAUGUCAAAUUCCAAGUCAAUAGAAACGAUUGAAACUGAUUCAGAUUAAUAACCAAUCAAAAUAAAGGUUGUCACGUAGUACAAUUAAAUCACAAAUAGAGGAUUCAAACAAGUUCACUUCAUAUUGAAGUUUGUGCUGGAGAUGUGGUCUAACAGGACAACGAAAUCUUCACAGUUAAAUCACGCAGCUCAGAGAACCCAACCCCAUCAAAAUAAUCCGCCUAUGGUACAUAUCUCUGUUAUUUCAAAUAUAUGUUCACCGUUCACUACUGUGUUCAUCAGUUACAAAUAGUAUUGACUACCCAAUGCUAUAAUACCACUAUGAUCAACCAACUUGUUAUGCGACCGUCUAAUCUGUGUUCUCUCCUAAAGGAUGUAAUUGGUGGAAACUAAGUAUGCUCACAACGAGUCUUACUAAGUCACUUAUUUUACCUUUGAUAUGGCUGCGUUCUCUGAGCUGCUUGGUUUAACUGCCAAACUUUAAUUAUCCUCCUAAAACAUUUUCAGAGAUUAACUCACACCAAUCUGAGCUACAAAUUUUCUCCAUUAUUUCAAAAUCAGGAAUUCACUCAAAGUGGGAAUCCUGUCCAUUCUCUUGUAAACAUUAAUUGCACAACCCUACUAUAACGUAUAACGUGUUUAUAUAAAUUUAAAAUUAAAUCAGUACAUUGAAGCUUUAUUUAUAAGAAGUAAAUGUGAAUGUAGCGUUAAUUUCUCUGUUAUCCUCAGAAGCGGUAAAUUUCAUUUGCCUCUAAUUUCUCCAGUAGAAAAGGAAUCAAAGAACAACAGUUUCCUAAAGAUAUUUGAAACCUUUUUUGGCUUUUAUUUUUGAAACUGAUUCAGAUUUCAUAGUAUUCUUCUGAUUGAACUCAUCCAGUCUUCCCCUAGGUCAUCCAAAUAAAUGUGAUUAUGAGUAGGCUAGAAAUUGAAUACCUAUAUUGUAGUAUAAGGCUUGAAUAACUCAGCGAAAUUCCGAACCCUGUCAGUCGUCUUCUGAGUUCAUUUAGCUUCUAGCUUUUAUCCUUUUCUGUCUACCAAGACUACAGUUUUAAACUUUUAGUACAAACCAAGCUUCUCAGAAGUGUACCUAGAGUUAGUCAACUUAAAAAGCCGAAUUCUUUCAAACUACCAUGAUUCGAUGAAACAGUAUAAGUAUUUUGUUACUGGGUUGGUGACGGCUACAAGUAAAGGAUACUCAUUUUCUCCUACUUGGAACUCGUCAUCUGGAAAUACUUGCAUUGCUGGUGAGUGAUGGUGUUUUCACUCAUACUUGAAGCUAGCUAGCAUUAGUCAUUUCAAAUGCCUAAUUUUUGACCAUCGGACUAAUGAGCCACCUCGUAUGUGGUGGGUCUCAGGUUUUAUUUGUUUAAGUAGAUUUAAAUUUCCCGUUGACCAAUCCUACAACUAGUUACUAUCAACCAAAUAACGUGCCGCUUAUCUUCAAAUCUCGUCGAAUAAUCAGUGCCAGAAGGACACGUAUCAGAAGACAAUAAGCCUUUCGGCAUAAUAUUUUCAUUAGACGGGAAAUAUUAAUUUUCUUAAAGAUAAAAGUAUAACGUUUUGAUGCAGUAAAUAUAUGCAGUUGCAUCUGUGUUUCAUACAUGACAGGUUUGCUGAAAUUUCUCACUGUAUGUCUGUCUGCCGCACAGAAAAGAUAAAUAAACUACGUGAUUUCUUGAUUACGAAUGAACAGUUAUUGGGGUUUUAGCAGACGCCUUUAUAAUUCUUUACACUUAUCCCCCUUUUAUAAAUUUGAAUAAAAUGAGAACAGCAGUUUGUGCAGGAUAAGUUGGCAUCAUAAUUUAUUUCAUUGGCUUCUCAUCAGCUGAAUACAGCAUAAAGAAACUAUUAACUUAAUGUGCAGAACAGUCUUGACAUACUUGUGAACACAGAAAGAUUGAGCGAAGAAAUAUUUACUUUUCAAUUAGAUCCUCAUCUUUGGCUCUACUCUAAUAUAUAUAGCAUUUUAAUUACAAUACAACAGUUUGCCAGUCAAGUGGCGAUAAGUUUGUUAACAAUAAUUAAACAGUGUCAAUGGGUUAAUAGUUAACGAAGAAAAUCAAUACAGAUUUAAAAGGUGGAAAUGGAUAGAAUAAAUUAAUUUUACAAGAAUAACACGUAAUUAAAGAUGAAGUGGUCAAAAUAAAUAAAAUAAAAUAAAUAAUUUAGAAACGAGGGACAAGGAUAUAUCAAAAUGCCUAUCUCUUAAGGGAAAAAGCACUCUCAAUAAUGCCAUCAGUAGGUAUCUCGUCGAUUUGGGUUAUGAAGUUUUAAAAUAUCAGUAGACAAAAUAUUUGAAUUUCUCUCAAGAAUGCGGAAGCAACCGCUAUUAGUCUUGCCUUGCCCUGGUAACUGGAUGUCUAUACUCUCUCCUUCAUUUGAUUAAGCAAUCUUUGGAUUUAACCACUUCACCUUUCGAUAUAAUGCUAGUUUGUCUGUCCCUUGUUUCUAUGAUUUGAGUUGUACUCACCAAAAUAUUACUUGAUGUAGAAAGUUAGCUACUCAUCAUUUUAUUCACCUCUCGUCUUCAUCACACAACUGUUUCGCUAUUGUAUCCAAGCUUUUAUUUUUGUUUAAACUUGAGCUGUCUGGGUAUAAACUAUAUAAGUGUGAUUUCUGAGCAC